AUGAAAAAAAACGUGGAUAUUCCUGAUUUAAUCGUUGGUGACAACUCGGGCUCAACUCAAGCCCCCCNGAAUGAAGACGGCGGCGAUACUGGCCGGAGAACCGUCGUGACGCCUUCUCGUCCGAGCUUACGCCCACCCAUUUCACCCUACUCCAAAAUCUCAACGUUCGAGCAACAACUCGGGUCGCAGAAUUUCAGCACCGGACCAAGCCUCCAGAGGUCAAUGUCUCAGCCAUCGUUUACCUUUUCCUCCUUGCCACCGAGGAGCUCUUCGUCGGCAUUGUUCACAUCAUCACCGUCAUGGGUUCCGGUUGGAAGGUCUCCAAACUCCGGUAGUAGUACUGUGUCAUUGUCUGAUGAUGACCCCUCAUUGCCUAACCCCGACCAUACUCUGCCACCGAGAAAGGCUCAUAAACUGUCCAACACUGAUGAUAUUUCUUCUCGGAUCCCUUUGCCUCAGUCAACUUUCGCUGUGCCUAGCAUAAGAGAAAGCCAAAUUUUUAAUAAUGCAAUGGCGCAAUUUUCUCAGGUGCUGAAUUUUGAUAAGAGUGAGGCUUUGGAAGGUAAUGAGAACACUGGAAAUGAUGAUAUGGAGAAAAGCGUCGGUGCUGGAUCGACUAGUUCAGGUGUGAAGAGAAGAGCAGGCAAAGAAACUGCUCCUUCAAGCCGUCGCUUGACGAAGAGUGCUUCAAUGGGUGAUUUUAGGACCGGUGUGGAACCACCUUCUUCUCCUACCUAUGCAGGCAUGUUUACCCCAUCUGAAAUCGAUAAGAUUAAGGGCGAUACCAAACUCGCAGAGUUGGCUGUAACUUCUCCGAAGAAGGCUAGAAAAACGUUGGCAAACCGAGAGUCAGCUGCACGUUCACAGGAGAAGAAGGCGAAGUACGUAGCAGAGUUGGAAGGCGAAAUACAGGCUCUUAGGGCUGAGAAUACUGCAAUAAGAGCUUUGUACAAUCAGUUGCGGAACGAUCAUAUUGCGAUGGAAAGUGAGCACAGAGAACUGGUGAUUCGUUAUGAAGGACUGGAGAAACAGGUGCAGCUUCAUCAAGAAUUGCAUGCUCAAUCGAGUGCAAGGAUAAGUGAGUUAACAAAUGAGCUGAACCAAUACCGCAUAGAAGCUAACAGAUCAAACAUGCAGCAGUCAGGCAACCCAAAUAUGUUCCAUCAACUCAACAUCAACCAGCCGCAGGGAAACCCCGAUUUCGAUGGAAAGAUCUAA